GCCCUCUCCCCCGCGCCCCGCCUCGCCCCUCUCCUGCGCCCGGAACCUUGGACGCGCGGAACCCCUGUGCCGGAACGCGGGCGCGGCGGACCCGGAGGGCUAUGGAGCAGGCGCGCGGGCCGCUGGCGGAGGCCGAGGCCAACGCGCCUGAGGAGGAGGCGGGGGCGGCCAUGGCUGUUGUGGUGGUGGCGGCGGCAGCGGGUGGCGCCGGCCCCGCCGUCCUGCAGGUGGCCGGCCUCUAUCGGGGCCUGUGCGCGGUGCGCAGCCGCUCCCUGGGCCUGGGGCUCGUCUCACCCGCGCAGCUGCGGGUGUUCCCUGUGCGCCCCAGCUCCGGGCGGCCCGCUGGGGGCGCCGACGGCAGCGGUGUCGGGGCCGAGCUAGAGGCCAAUCCCUUCUACGACCGCUACCGCGACAAGAUCCAGCAGCUGCGCAGGUCUGAUCCAGCUGCUUUUGAGUCCCGCCUGGAGAAGCGCAGUGAGCUGCAGAAGCAACCAGUGGGGCACUCCCGGCAAGGUGAUUUUAUCAAAUGUGUGGAGCAGAAGACUGGUACCUUGGGGAAACAGCCUGUCAGCAGAGGAUUCACUAAGGACAAGACUCUCAGUUCAAUCUUUAACAUUGAGAUGGUGAAAGACAAAACUGCAGAAGAAAUAAAACAGAUUUGGCAGCAGUAUUUUGCAGCAAAAGAUACAGUCUACGCAAUUAUUCCUGGAGAGAAGUUUGAUUUGAUCUGGAACCGAGCUCAGUCCUGUCCAACAUUUCUGUGUGCACUGCCAAGAAGGGAAGGUUAUGAGUUCUUUGUAGGACAAUGGACAGGCACUGAACUCCACUUCACUGCACUUAUAAAUAUUCAGACUCGAGGGGAAGCUGCAGCCAGCCAGCUGAUUUUAUAUCACUACCCUGAACUUAAGGAAGAAAAGGGCAUAGUGCUGAUGACAGCAGAAAUGGAUUCCACGUUUCUGAAUGUUGCUGAGGCACAGUGCAUCGCCAACCAAGUUCAGCUCUUCUAUGCCACUGAUCGGAAAGAGACCUACGGGUUAGUGGAGACUUUUAACCUCAGACCAAAUGAGUUCAAGUAUAUGUCUGUCAUUGCUGAAUUGGAGCAAAGUGGACUCGGAGCAGAAUUGAAAUGUGCCCAAAACCAGGAUAAGACUUAAAACUGUAAGGAUUGGCCCUUCACAGUCAGCUCAGCCCUGGAUAAUCUACAGCCCACCCAUCCCUUGAACUUGAGCACAGCAUCUGUAAUGAGCAGUCUGCAGUGAGUUGCCCUGUAUGCUUAUUGCAAGAAGCGAUCAUGGAGUUGAGCCCUGUUAGUUGAUAUUUAGGAACAAAGGUACCCAAACAUUCUGAUAUUUAUCUCUCAGCAUACUUGAGGUUUCCUUUUAAGUAUUUGAGGUCAUAACAAGAGACAGCCAAGGAUCUGCAGGAUAGUUGACUUGAUUCUGCACAGUGUAACAGUACAGUUACAUUCUGACCAUUUUGACCUCAUAGCUCCCAAAUGAUUGGUUCUUCAUUUUUAUGAACUUGUGACAGGAUAAUAGGCUUGAAGACCUGCUAUAGUUAGAUGUGGGCUUUACAGUCUUCCCAUGUGCCAGUCUGCUGGCCAAAGCCAUAACCCAAAUAUCCUGUUUAGACCCUAGAACAACCAAAUAUUUCCAUCAGGAUAAAGACUUCAUCUAGAUGCCUCCCAGAGUUGCUUUUAGUGUAGCUGGUUUGGGGUGUCAACAGAUUUCAGGUAUAGUUAGAUAAACAGGUACAAUGCGUGUAUAUUAUUAAACCAUAGUUUGUGGCACCUUCUCCUCUAACUCUGCGUUUUGUAAGCUGUAUGUUCGAAAGGAGUGAAUCAGUGCAAUGUAAAUAAAUCAACACACUUUUGUAAGAAGAUCAAUUCAGAUUUGCAUGAUUGUUUAAAACAACUCUAAGUAUUAUGUGAUAAAAUGGGUGGAAGCAAAUGUUCCCAGAUUGGGUGUGGGAAAAAUGUAGCAAUGAAAUAAAGUCUGGCUGACAAUCUUUGUUACACAGAAUAGUGAAAUCUAAGCUAUGUGCUGUCCAUCGUGUCAGUAUAGUGGGCUGAUUUUAUCAAAACUCAUUGUGGGACUCAGCAAUUAGUUGUUUGAAACACCAGAAAUAAGAAAGUUGUUCUCUAGCACUGGGAGCUCAUAUUUGGUUUGUAGUGUCCCUGUUGUGGCUCUAAGCUCAGUGAUGGAAGAGGAUGGUGGUUACACACCAGCCUUCUGAACUGGAGGCCCCCAGUGCCCACCUUAUUAUUGCUGACCACCUGUACUAUGCCUUGCCUUUCCCUGAUCUAACAUGUUCCACUUUUUCUGCUCUUCCUGCCUAAGAUCUGUGAUACUGAAUAUGGUGAGUGGGAAUUUAAGCAGUAUUUACAGUUUGUGUGUGUGUUCAUUUUCUUCAUUACUGAAGACAUUUUAUAGGUUGGGCCUAUCCCAAGCUCUUUAAAUAAGAUUGGACUUCCCAUUUUCUCAGCUGUGUCUGUUUUGUCGUACCUCUGAAUCUGUGUGUAGAGAGAGACAGAUACUAUUUGUUUAACCUGGAGAAGCUGCUACCCUUUCACAAUUCCUCUAAAGGUUGAGCUGUUCCUAAUGCAAAUUCUGGAUCUGCUUCUGGUCCUGACAGCUCACCUUUUGAGAAACUUGAGUCUUAUCAGCCUUGCCAUUUUCCUUAAAUGCCCUCUGACCUUGUGGAUGUUUUGAGUCCCAGGAAUUGUUUUUUUGUUUUGUUUUGUUUUGUUUUUUUCUGUUUUUUGACCGGUAAGGGGAUCACAACCCUCGCAUGGUGUGGUCCACACCACGCUCAGCUAGCGAGCGCACUGGCCAUCCCUAUAUAGGAUUCGAACCCACAGCCUCGGCACUCCCAGUGCCACACUCUCCUGAGUGAGCCACGGGGCCAGCCCAGAGUCCCAGGAAUUUUUGAUGUCAGGUAAGGUUGCUUUUGUGGGUAUCCAGUUAUGUUUGCUCUUCCCUCCAGAUGGAUCCGGUUCUUGGUCAUAGUACAUUUCCAUUACACCUCCACCAGAGGGUGAGAAAAUGAUGGAAAAAUUAAGAAAUGGCUGCUCAUUUUAUUCCCCACAGCUUUGCACUCAAUCCCCACUUGCUAGGAUGUAUCCAUGGAUAAUUACAUUGGAUAUGACUAAAGUACCAUCUGGCUGUUCUUUAUAUUCAUUUACCUAGAAAGAUCUGGCAAAGAACUGAAAGAAAAUUGUAAUGUUUAAUCAGUAGAUUUGUCCCCUGGUGCUAGCAUGGUGUUAUAGAAAGUAGACAGGCUUUAUAGUUAAGUGAGUAUAGUUCAGAUGUCAGUGUGGCUGUUCAUUAGUGCAAUAAUGUUGAACAGAUUACUUAAACUCUCUAAUUCUGUGGGUUUUUUUUUUUUUUCUUCUGUAAAAUGGUGAUUAUACCUACCUCAUAGGAUUAUUGUGAGAAUUAAAUUAACAUGUAUAGACUACAGUGGAACUUAAUAUAUGUCAACUCCUUUCCUCUUCUGUACUUACCCUCAUUAAAGACUAAGACAGAUUAGCAUUGCAGAUGUGCAGAUUAUUCUUUAUUCCAGUUUAAAGAAUAAACCUAUCUCACUGUUUCUCAAACUUUAAGAUGCAGUAGAAUCACUUAGGACACUUGAAAUGCAGAUUCCCAGACCCCAAGCCCCCAACCUGCUGAAUCAGAAUGUUUUCAGAAGGAGCUGAGGAUCUACAUUUUAAUAUUUGCUCCAGAUGAUUCUGAUAUAGGUAAUUAACCAGCUACACUUUGAGAGCCAUUGCCUUAUUUAUUCUUCAUGAAAAAUGUGUAUUAGCCAGGUCUUUUUUUCCCACAGACAUUAACCAUAGGAUUUAGGUUCCUCUGCUCUUUGUUCCCCAUAGUGAUCCCCUUUGCAUACCUUAAUUACUUUUUUUUUUUUUUUUCUUUUUUUCCCCAUUAGAAUGUGAGCUCCUUGAGGGCCAGGAUUUAUCUCUAUCCCUAGUGCCAAGGACAUGGCCUGGACCAUAGAAGAUACUCAGUUGUAUGUUGAAUAAAUAAAUGACAUGGAUUUCAGCCAAAA